AUGAUUUCCUCCAACACGAGGGCGUCGCGGUCGCGCUUCUCCAGCCCGUCGCGGUCGCUGGAGGCCAAGAGCUCUGCCGCCAAUGAGGGAUCCAAAACGUUCAUGCAGCGAUGGCUGGAGCCGUCCGUCCAGAGCAAGGCAAGCUUCGAGGAGGCGGGAUUGAUGAGAUACGGCGUCCUCGAGACCAUGGCGCCGCUGGGGACGCUGCCCAAGCCCAAGAAGACGGGCGGCGAGGCUGGGCCGGGACAUCAGCCAGUUCGCAAAAUCAUCCUCAGGCCAUCCGGAUCGUCGCAUGCCGCAAACCACCAGGACGACCAAGCGGCGCAUAGGGCCAAACCGAGGGCGUCGUCUCCCCCCGCUCCCUCCACGCCGCCGCCUCCCGCGUCAGCGCCAUCGCACAGGAGGGGACAGGCCGCCAAGGAUGCUGAAGAUGAGGAAUACGACCCCAAGGGAGCUGCGCGUCGGCGGCCAUCGCGGCGCGUGUCGCUACCUGCCAAGCAGGCACGGCAAAACGCCAGCGCCAGCGCCAGCGAGGCCAAGAAUGUUACGACUGUUGUGAUUUCUCCGCCAAAGCCCAAGCCAGUGGCGACUACUCCGAAGCGCGUGCACCGGCGGGAGCCUGACGACGCAGAGUUUGCGGACAAGGUCGUCGAGGCGGCCGUUGAUGAAGCGCUCAUGCACUACCGUUAUCCUACGGCUUGGGCUCUACGAUCACUCUACGAUGAACGAAGUGGCGACUCUGAGUUUGUGGCCAUGAUUGAGGAUGUGUUCAAGCAAAGGGCUGAUGCCGAGACGAUGGAUGAAUUCGCUCGGCUAAUUGAGGUCAAGAAGCGCGAAGGGAAAAAGGACGAUCAAGGCUGUUACUACUUCGUGCCCCCUUCUACGAACAGCAGAUUCACUCCGCACAAGCCCAAGGCUGCUCCGUAUGCCCGGCUCCUGCUUCAUCACGCCGACGACGACAGCGGUGAGGUGCGAGCGGCCAAGAGAAGCAAGACUUCUCAUGCCAACGACACUCCGCGCAGCAAGAAGAUGGCCAACGGGAGCAAGGCGCACGGCGACAGCGUGCGAACGCCGUCGCGUAGGCGUAAUCGACGGGACUCGGGCUCUAGCGAGUCAUCCCUGUCCUCAGCCAUGAGCCUCUCGUCGCCAGAAGCAAGCGUCCACAGCCUCAGCCCCAGCCUCCAGCUCACUGCUGCAAAGGCAGCCAAAUCAAACAAAUCUGCGCACGAUCAGUCUGCCAGUGGUGGCCGAGGCAGCGGUGGUGGUGCCACGGUCGCUGACACUGUGAUUGCUGCUGCGUCGACUACGGGGGACCGGUCCCAGUCGUCCCAUGAUGCGCCAAAAUCUCGGCCAAUCACCAGCGCCCGCCGCAAAUCUCUCGCCUCCGACAAGCAGCCCGUGUCCAACUCUUCGGAGCCAACUUCUCCCACACAUCCGAGCCGCACCCACGCAUCCGCGACCGAUGCCAGUAUGCCUGGCAGGGUCUCCGGUUCAGAGUUGUUGCUCAGCAAAUCCACAGGCAACAACAGCAAGUCGGCUUGUCUCAAGGACGGCGGCCUCGCUGCCAAGGCUCAAAUGCCUGCAGAUGACGACGACUUGUUUUGGACUCGGCGUCGCGAUGCUCAAAAGGCCACCAACGCCUACACUGCACGGGAAAGUUCAAUACGGAAUGGCGAUGAUGAGGAGCGCGAGGUGACUCCUGCGAGGAAGACGAGAAGAUCGCGGCAGUCUUUGGUGGCUCCCGUUAGCACGCGAGCCACGCGAUCAGCCAGCAAGAGGCCAAGCAGCAACAAUGUCGGUGACGACGUCGAUAUCGCCGUUUCAUCACCUUUGGCUUUUUCAUUUAAUGAAGGCAGUUCAACUGUUGGAUCGCGUGCUGUUACGCCAACUGCGCUGCGGCCGACAAAGAAGCCGAGAACGGGUCUUCGCAUCAAGUUAUCGCCAAUGAAGAAGAAGGGCGGUACUGCUGCCGGCGUUCCUCGCUCAACCGGCGAGACACCGUCAGCAACAACCAGCAAUGGUGCACCAAGGGAUCAGGGCUCCGACAACGAUGAAUACUGCUCUGCAUGUGGUAACACCGGCGAUGUCGUCUGCUGUGAUGGCUGCCCGCGCUCGUUCCACUUUGAGUGCGUGGACAUGGUGCAGUCUGACCAUCUUCCAGACGAAUGGUACUGCAAUGAAUGCAGCUUCCGGCGCUAUCCCUCUCGCGUGCCCGUCUAUAAAGGCGUCUUCGCGAGCGCUCUCAUUGCCUUGGAGAAGAGUAUUCCCCGGGCCUUUAGCCUCCCCAAAAAGACACAGACUCGUUUCGAGGGUGUCAAGGCUGGGGCUGAUGGUGACUACGAAGAAGUGACGACUAACAGAACAAAGAAGCGUGCUGGCUACGAUGAGCUGCCAGACUUCUUUAAACAAAGGGAGGAUGGCGAGGCGGUAAUCUGCCACGCGUGCCAGAAGCCAGCCACUGAGAUUCGAGCAAUCAUCCCUUGCAACACCUGCCCCUUUCAUUGGCACAUUGACUGUCUCGAUCCACCAUUGGCUAUGCCGCCCGUCUUGAAGACUUGGCGAUGCCCAGCACACGUUGAUGAUGUGUUGGGAGACGUGCCUCCUCUGGCGCCAGCGCAUCGCUUCCGCAAACUCAAAGGCGGUCAAGCCAUUUCGCCUGUCUUCAGCCGCGGCAACAACAACAACGGUCACAUCGAACUUGAUUGGGGUGAUGAGCCCGAGGAACCUGAAAAAUCAGGCUGGCGCGACCCCGAUUCCUUUGGCAAGACGUACAGGCUACAGGCUAAGGGGGUCGUCCUUGAUUUCAUCGAGCAAUUAAGACACCGCGGUGCCGGAUAUGGCCCUCGCCACUAUGAGACGCGAUGGAUGCCAUAUGCAAGCCUACCUGCGAGCGACUCAGGCGGUGUGCUUGCUGGCUCUGCUUAUGACCGCAAAGUAAAUGAGAUGCAAGCGUCUCUGAAUCUCUUGGGCCUCAAGCAGAGUCGGUCCGAGAACAUCGAUCAGCUUACGGCUGCACUUCUAUUCACUGCUGAUGAUAAUGUCCUGGCCCUCAUGGCGAAGGCCAAUGCGGACAACAUAGCAUCUGGUCAUCUUCUUCAGGAAGAUAAGAUGGGUCUUCGUGCUAUGCUGGCACAAAUGAACGCCAUGGGCGAUCGGAUUCGCCAUUUAUUAGGCGAUGAAGCCCCGCCGCCCACCUCAGUCACCUACAAGACCAACGACAGAGGUUCACCUGUCACCGACACUUCCGACGUGGACACAUUUCCAGAAAAGGCGGAGCCAUUGGCCCCCGUUACCGAACCCACUCCACCCUCCACCGUGGACCACGGAGAGGUUACCAUGGAGCUCGAUUGA